GCUCACGAAUCGUGGUCUUUUUCUCGCGAGUCCUCACCGCAUGAUCCGAAUUGUUCGUGUCAUCUGGAUAGUUUGCACAUGCGCUGUGUCAAGCUGUUGGAACAGUACGCGAGUUUCGUGUUGUCUGCGCAGCGGCGCCAAGGUGAACAAUGCCAAUCGGUCACACCCAGUCAGGGAGUGAAUGAUUAUUGUUUGGAUCCGAGGGACGAAACCGUAACCAGUGGUGUGUCUGUUCCGGCUAUUUACACAAAGCGCCUUGAUCAACUCCUCAGUCAUUCGAGUCAAGAGGAACACAGUCAUUCGGAUAUCUCACAAGCUUGCAUCCGAACCGCGGGAGAGAACGCCAUUACCAUUCAAACAUCCACAACCGCGGUACAGACGGAACUGUUACAGUCGUCCAGUCUAGGUUCUCACGUCCGCGGUCCUGAACUGGAUGGGUCACGGACUGCAGCGGAAGAAUCGGCAGUCCCCAACCAAAAUUCAAAAACGACCUUACUGUUCGUUGAGCGCAGCACAUCCGGUUCUGGUCAAUCGUCGCAUCUGCCCGUUGCUUUGCAUCCGAACCGUGAACAAUCCUCGUCACGUGUCGUUCCAAAUCCACUUAGCCUGAGUGGUGUCACAAUUAUCGAACGGUUUUUGACAAUCGCACACGCCAACUUCACUAUGAAUGACACUGUGGUAUUUGUUCCCGUUCGCGGAGCCACGCCUCACUCACAUUCUUCUCACACCCGAGCUGACGGAACUUCACGUGUGUCUGGGGCUUUCGCAAACAUUGGUGAUAGCGUUCAGGCUAUGGACUCGCAUCAACCAUCAGUUUCUUUCAGUAUGUUGUCCUCAACAAUAAUUCAAUCUAUGGACACAUGGUCUGCUCUGCAAAGCUCCUCACGUAAUGCCACUGGAGCGGGUGUGGGUAGUAAUGGACGACGUAGUGAACUAAUGUAUACCAGCUUAGAUCAGACAAUUGCGCCGUCUACCUCGGCCUUGGCUCGUGAUCUGCUGGGUGAUGGCGGAGUGGAAUUAUCCGUUGGCCCUUCUCGUCGCCCUAAUGCAUCCUCGCGUUCGAGCACUGGUGGUGGGGGCAAUUUACCACCAGUAACUCAAUGGCGUAUGCUAUCAUCGGAUGGACAGGUGUACUUUUUGCACCAGGAUGAUUUUGCCUCUCUGAAUCUGGACAUGCACACAGAUUAUUGCCAACCGACGGGACGAUCUUCCACAACGAAUCCUUCCGAAUCACGACGUCGUCAUCAUGGUCGACGUUUGCCUGCGAAUUCCACCUCUCAUGAUGAUACCUCAAGCAGAGAUGGUUUCAACGAUCCGGUGUCUUCAGCAGCACCGCGUAGUCAGCACGAAAUGUCCUCUUCCGACGCUACAGCACACACAGGCGCACGCAGCUACUUCGUUGUAGCGUCCUAUCAACGAAAGGAGCGCUGUCUUUCAAAGCGCCCCCCAUCCACUGUGAACGACUUAUGA